AUGGCGAUGGAGAAGCAGGAUCAUCAAGUGGUUGCUGGCCAGCACCCGACACCCAUGAAAUUUUCCCGUUACCGUUCCGUGAGAAAAGCCGCGGCGAAACAGCCACCACCACCACCACCGCAAUCCUGCCCCCUGCCCCCGCCGCUGCCCAUCCCGCCUGUCGCUUCCGCACCGCCGUCGCAUCACCAGCCAGCACUCCCCAAUGGCUCCAGCAAUGGCUCCAGCUCCGUUCAGAGGAGCAUGUCGCGAUACCGUCGCAGAGCUCCCACUGCGCAAUCUGCCGAUGCCGAUGCACAACCUCCCGUCCCAGCCCCUCCCCCGGCGUAUAAAGCGCAAGUCGAGCCCAGUGCCAAUGGAGGUCCUGUUCACCCACACUUUCAGGACUCAGAGGGCGCCGAGAUGGUGCGAAUGCGAAACAAGCUGGCGAGCAAAUUGGCCGCGCGAGAGAAGCGGCACCAGGAAAAACCGGAGGAUGAUGAGGCGGAGCGCGAAAGACACCGACAGAAUGCGAUGGAUCGGCUGACCGGCGGCGAAGCGAAGUCAGUGUCUAUAACUCAUUCAAAACCUGCGUCGCGCGAUAGAUCAGCCGACAAAGUUGAGGAGUAUGCGGUUCGUCGUCCCCAUAAGGAAUCGGAGCAUCGGAAACCCCAGACUGGAUCCGCUUCGGCGAGUCGUCGCGCGAGCAUGGAACCGAGGCGCCAGUCGGUCAGUGAUGCAGCCAACCCAGCGCAUCGCAGAAGUGUGCACGGCGAUGCGUCAGCAGUCCCUGCGAUUGAUACCACGGUGCCUGCUCAGUUCCCAGGGAUUGAUGCGCCGGUAUCGGCUGUCAAUGCGCGCGAGCGGCGGGUGCUGGUUCAAUACCGCAAAUCAUCUGCGCGCAUCUGCAUCACUCCCUCCACAUCGGCUCAAGACAUUGUCGCGACUGCAUUGGAGCAGAUGGAUGCCGGGGUAGACCCAGAAAAAUUCAUCCUGAUGGAGUCGUUCGCGGAGCUGGGGCUGGAACGGCCAUUGCGCCGCUACGAAUACGUGCGGGAGGUGCUGAAUUCUUGGACCCACGACGAACAGAACACACUGAUUGUCGUCCCUGCAGCUAGUCUGGAUGCGCUAACCCUGCUCGAUGCGCGGAACGUAUCACUCGGUCCACCCGCGGAUGUGACCUACUACAUGUACUACUCGCAGCGGCCUCGCAAAUGGGAUAAACGCUACGUGACCCUCCGGUCCGACGGCCAAGUGACCGUCUCCAAGAAGGAGAAUGCCCAAGAUGCAACCAACGCUUGCCACCUUUCUGAUUUCGACAUCUACUCUCCUACCGCCAGCUACCUCGCGAACAAUGUCAAGCCGCCCAAAAAGUUCUGCCAGGCUGUCAAGAGCCAGCAAAAAUCCAACAUGUUCCUCUCGACGGAGAAUUUUGUCCAUUUCUUCUCGACCAACGACCGCGAGACUGCCGAUGGCUGGUACCGGGCCGUCCAAACCUGGCGCAGCUGGUAUCUGGUAACGAAGCUGGGGGCAGGCCAGCCGGCGGAAGCAGAAGCCAUGCAGCCGGAUGAGGCCCCAUUCAAGCCCUUGCUGAACCCCUUUGAGGAACCAGCCAACGAGGUGAAACCGCCGCAACCCGCGCUAGAACGCGCCAAAUCAACGAAGACCAAGGAGCUCUUCUCCCAUAAAAAGAGCACCCGCGAGCGCGGGCCUCCACCUACAUCGUUCCCCAAGCUUCUCACCGGCGAGUCCGACCUCGCUACAGGCUCAUCCUCGGAUGAAGCCCCCUUCUCAGCAUCCGGCCUUCUCGGCCGAACCUACACCAUGCGCCAACGCGCAUUGAAAGAGCGUGAGGAGCAAGAGAAACGAGACAACGAAGAACUCAUUAAACAAGGCCUGAUCGGCACCAUGGGCUCCCGCCACCCCAGCCGCACCAACACCAUGACCUCCAGUCACGGCCCAGACCCCAACCUCAUGCGACGCACGCAAUCCAUGAAAAACAAACCCCUCGUCGACCUAACCCCGGUCUACCAAGAGCCCCCACAACACAUCCGCAAAGGCCGCGGCAUUGCCGUGGAACCAGGACUGCCCCUAAUCGACGCCGCCACGGGGCCCGAAGCCCCAGGCGGAAUCCAAAUACCCUCCGCCACCACCUGGCGAAGACCGCAGGUGCCGCCUGAACCGCCCAUGCCGGAGGUCCGCACCCGCAAUCGGUCCAACACUGCCCGCAGUAUCAACAACCAACAGCGAUAUCAUCAUACCGCUCCGACCACGCCAACCGACGGGGAGAAUCUGCGCAGCCAAGACGGCCCGUUCAUCCCUAACAGUUUGUUGGCACGAUCCACACCACACCAAAAUAUCCAAGGGUCUCCGGUCGGCCAUGGCGUGGCAACGGGGGAUCGCAAUGCCGCGAAACCCAUGUUGGAUAUGUCGCCGGACAACCCGUUCGCAGAGGGGAGUUUGUUACGGGGGUUGUGA